AUGACUAUCGGCGAGCGCAACUCGAGAACUGCAACUAUUACACCUCGACUGGACCUGGACGAGGAUGAAGAUGAGACUGAGAAUGAGAAUACAGACCGACGGAGGAGCACGCAGUCGCCGGAGGAAGCUCGCGAUGAAGAAGCCCAGGCGAAGAACCAGGACAGGCCGGUAACAUGGAGCUCGCUGCCCAAGAGGAACCAGCUCAUCAUCCUCACGGUCGCCAGGCUGUCUGAACCGCUGGCGCAGACCUCGCUGCAGGCCUACAUGUUCUACCAGCUCAAGUCGUUUGAUCCGUCGCUGCCGGACUCUACCAUCUCGUCGCAGACGGGCAUCCUACAAGCCGCCUUUACGGGAGCCCAGUUCGUCACCGCGGUCUUCUGGGGACGGCUGGCGGAUGCAGAGUCCAUCGGCAGGAAGAGAGUGCUGCUCAUUGGCCUGCUGGGAGCAUGUAUCUCGACCCUGGGCUUUGGUUUCUCCAAGUCCUUUGCCACGGCGGCCGUUUUCAGGACUCUGGGAGGUAUGUUGAACAGCAACGCCGGCGUCAUGAGGACCAUGAUAUCGGAGAUCGUAGUGGAGAGGAAAUACCAGUCGAGAGCGUUUUUGCUGCUGCCAAUGUGCUUCAAUGUCGGGGUCAUCGUUGGUCCCAUCAUGGGUGGACUAAUGGCGGAUCCCAUCAGCAACUAUCCAUCCCUCUUCGGGCCUGGAUCAUGGCUGGGAGGAGCAGACGGAGUGUCGUGGAUGGUCAAAUGGCCAUUUGCACUGCCGAAUCUGGUCACGGCAGUCUUCAUUCUCUGCUCUGCGGCCGCCAUAUCACUCGGCCUGGAGGAGACACAUGAAGUAGCCCGGUCAAGGGGGGACAUGGGCAUACGGGUUGGCAAAGCCAUAUCGAGAUACCUGGGUCUCUCACGGCACAGCGACUACCAGGCCCUCGACGGGCUGGCGGACCCCGAUACUCCAGACUCCUUUGAUAUGGAGCUAGAGGGAAGAAGACCAGCCUCAGCCCAGAGACCGUUGAACGGCGGGAACACGGCUCCCAGACGGCGUAAACGCCUACCGUUCCGGAAGAUAUGGACUCGCAAUGUCCUGCUCACUCUAGUGGCCCAUAUCUUCCUCAACUUCCACACCAGCGCAUUCACCGCACUCUGCUUCGUCUUCCUCCCGACGCCUCGCGCACCCGAAAACCACCUGAGUUUCUUCCAGUUUGGAGGCGGACUCGGUAUGUCCAGCUCAAAGGUCGGGCUGGCCACCGCCAUAAUCGGUCUCAUCGGCCUACCUAUACAGAUAUUCAUCUAUCCGCGCAUCCAGUGGCGUCUGGGGACGUUAAAGUCCUUUCGGAUCUUCCUCCCUUUUUCUCCCCUGGCCUAUCUCCUCGCGCCGUUUCUUGUGCUGCUGCCCAACCACCCGUACAUAAUAUGGCCUGCCCUCUCGGCCGUCAUCUUCCUGCAGGUUGUGUCCAGGACCUUCUCCUUGCCCGCAACGGUGAUUCUUGUAAACAAUUCCGUGCCAGACCGGAGUGUGCUGGGCACCUUGCACGGAGUUGCACAGAGCGCAUCCAGUGCGUCGAGGACACUGGGCCCCCUGAUUGCCGGCUGGGGACUGGGGCUGGGGCUGAAACAUAACAUCGUCGGUGCCGUCUGGUGGUCUCUUGCCAUCGAAGCAUUCCUGGGAUGGCUCGUUACCUGGACAAUAGUCGAGGGAACCGGCUUCCAAAAAGCACCAUGA